GAGAGAGAGAGAGUAAAAAGAAGCAUCAUCCUCUCUCUCUCUCUCUCUCUCUCUCUCUCACUAUCUAUCUUUCUCUUUUUCUCUUCUUUUUUUUGUUCUUUUAGUUUUGUUCCAAAGAACGACGCGUCUAACGUAACCUCCGAUGCGUUUCUUUUUUAUCUUACGAGAAAUCAGUGCGCCCGCGCCGUGCUCCUUUUUUUCCACUUCUUUUACAAAGGAACAGAGAGAAAGAGAGAGAGAGGCGAAGGAGAAUGGACGAUGCGCGAAAGAGAAGCGCCGGUGAGGAGUCUACCCGAGAAGCGAGAAGGGUAAAGAAGGGUAAAGAAGGGCGGUUGCAAAGUAUAUAUAUGUGUACAUAUAUAUACAUAUGUAUAUGUAUCACUUUUAAAUAUUGCCAGCGUCGCCGUGCGCAAUUAGUUUAACGCGCAAAGUGUCGAUCUUAUCUCUUUUGCUCGUUCCCACGAGUGUGAGUGGCUCGUACGCGAACGAUGAGCCGAACGACGCACGUGUACCUCGCCUAUAUGCCGCUUCUCAUCUUUUUCAUUUUCUUCUUUUUUUCUAUAUACGCGUGAGAAUUUUUAUGCAAUUUGAAUACGUAUUCGGUUUCCAUAUGUGUUUAUAUAUACUAUAUAUAUAUAUAGAUACGAAUGUGUGUACCGAGUGUCGAUGAUUCACCUCUCAUCGUCGUCCUCCUCCUUCUCUUUUUCCUCCUCUUCCUCCUUCUCUUUACCACCUUCGUGAUUAGAACGAAAAACCUCAUUUCUUCGAAAGUCGAGUUUCUACGCUUGCUUAACAGGAAACGCGUCUAUUACGACGAGCAAGAGUAUUCAAUAGUUAUACGUAUGUGUACGUGUUGUGUUCAUGGGCGUACGUGCGUACAUACGUAUAUGUGUGUGCGCGUGCUGCUGAUGCUCCAGUGUGUAUACAAGUAGCGAAAAGCGCGCUUCUUCAACUUUCAAACGAACCGACCAAUUUCGCGCGCACCCAUUCUCUCUCUCUUUCUCUCUUUCUCUCUCUCUCGUUCGAUGUCAGGUUGCAGCUGCCCGUUAGAAAGGACGCAAUGUUUUUAUGAGAAAUUCGACAAUAGCAUUGCCAACGAUAAAAUGUUUAGAAAACGAUUAAUACGAAUAUAACGCAAGAAAUCAACGCAAUAUAAGCGUAAUCGAUCGUAUUAGAGUUCUCCGGUUGUUACUCGGAAAAUCCACUUUCUGAAGCAUUUCUUUAACCGUUCAAGAUCGACACCUGCUGAAUCAAUAAUCGAGAUGCCAUUCGAGAAGCAAAGAAAAAGCCAUUACCCUUUAAGAGAAUCGACUUAAAACAAUGUACGGUGCGGUGACCUCUAGGAAUUUUCUAAUCGAUGAAUAAUCUUUCGAAAUGUCAUAAUAAAUAUUAUCCAAUUUCGAAAGUAUCAAUAUGCCAAAAUGCGUGUUUUUAGAAAUUGAUUUUUAGAAAUAUCUAUACAUCAAUAUCUGAAAAAUCUUAAUUUUAAGGAAUUCCCAAAGAAAUGAGGAGUAUUAAGAAAAAUUGUUGGCAAGCGAACAAGGCUCGUGCUCGCCUAUACAAGAUUCAUUUCAUUAAGAGAGUAAUGGAAGAACUCGUAGAAGGGGGCUACAAGUGUCAUUCAAGUGCGGUGGAAGCUGUGCGUGAUCAGUGCCGCUUCUUUCACCACGCGACGAUAUUCUCAGCGAUUAGCGCGCCAUCGAUCUCGCGGUAACGAAUGCGAACGAUGAGAAGAAAGAAAGAGAAAGAGAGAAAAAGAGAGAGACGCAUUAAGAUCGCGAUUUCAAUGCGCUACUCCGUAACUCUCUGACGUUCCACAUCGAGCAACCUUUCCUAUUCUCUCUCUUUUCCAGUGUACGGAGGCGUGUUCGUUAUCCCCACUAGUUUGUCCUUCCACCCUUUCCUCGUUGCUUGGUGUCCCCUCCUAUCUUGCCCGGCGACAAGCAUUCCAGGAACCAUGGACUCUACAUCGCUUUUCUCUUUCGUUCUUGUUCCUAUGAAGCGCCUGACGAAGGUUUAAAGCACUCUUCCUCUUCUUUCCUUCUUCUCCUCGCAGCUUCUCUCACUCCUCAUCAUCGUCGAUGUGACGUCGUCGUCAUCGCCGUCGUCGGCGUGAUCGUCGUUGCCGUCGUCGUUGUCGUUGUCAGAACGCUCUUCUCCCCAGCAACGAGACUUUUCCUCUCCUCUCUCUCUCUCUCUCUCUCUCUCUCUUUCUUUCUCUAUUACCCCUAUAUUUCUCCUUUCGACUGACGUACACGUAUCCCACUCUGUAUUUCUCACAUAGCCGGUGAACGACGAGGUGUUAGUCACUUCAAGGACGUUGCUGUAAUUGGGAUAGGUCGGAUAGACGCGUCGGUUGGGGAGGAGAGAGGGUUGCACUGGUGGAGAGAGGAUUUCGAGUAUCGAGCAACAUGGAGGAAGGUGCGGUGGUUCUCCGAUAGUGCUCUCAGCGAUAGGCUAGAGGAGUGAGCGGUACGACAGCAGCGCCACAGGAGGAGAAGGAUCGUCGUAUUAGUCUCUUUCUGUUUGUCCCUCUUUCUCUCUCUCUCUCUAUUUCUUUCUUUUCUUCCUUUCUCUCUUUCUCUCUCUCUCUCUCUCUCUCUCUCUCUCUCUCUCUCUCUCUCUCUCUCUCUCUCUCUCUCUAGCUCCUAUCCUCUUAUGUCCCGCUUUCUUCUCUACACCCGCACGCACUUGCUUUUUCGUUCUCGCCUUUGUUCGAUGCGAAGCAUAUCCGCCACAACCGCUACCGCCACCGCCACCGCCACCGCCACCGUUGCCACCCCCGUCACAACCACCACCGUCGCCACGUACAGGAACAAACCACAGGACAUUUUGUUAGAGGUUCGAAACAGUUCAAGAAGAUACAAGUGUUUAUCUAAGAAAAGAUCUUUUGGAGGAGGAUGCUUGGCAGUUGGGGUUGGGAAGAAGUAUUGGAGUUGGGAGAGGGAACAACACCCCUGUUACAAAACUGUCAGAGAAGAGAAAGUCCAGAUUCGACACAUCCUGUUCCAGAUAGUCGGGUGCUGAGGUAUGCUCCCAGCCGAUGUCACCCCCCCGCCAGCGUCAAUUCAUCACAGUACAGCUUGCAGCCUCCUCUCGACUGUACAGACUAGCAGCGUGAGGUGGCAAAAAUGCUGACUGCUCAUUCUGAGAUGCAUGAAAAACGAGGUCCCUUAGGAGGUGGACAAUAUGGAGCAGGCGGGGGUGGUGGCACUUCGAUUGAAGAGAAAUGUAUUCAAGAACAACCACCCCCGCCUCCUGCUCCUCCACAAAGGGAUCCAUCAGAUCCAACAAUUAGCGCUAAAAAACUUCCAAAGAAACGAAAAUUUGAUCCAUCGGAACUCGAAGAAAUGGAUAAAUGUAGUAAUGUAACAAGCAACGUUAAUAAUAUGAUAAAUACGCGUGCACCAAACGUAUCUAUUGCUUGUUUAGUUCAACAUUCAAGUUUGGCUAAUCGACAGUCUCCGCAACAACAAGAAGCAGACUGUUACCAAGUGUCAACACCAUCGGUGGUAGUUUUACCUCCUCAGAGUACAGCUGUAGAUUAUUCUUUAAGAGAAGAACCUAUGCGUGCUCGUCCUCGACCUGCUACGGUUGCUAUUGAUCUCAGUGAGUGGCGUGACCACAGAGUGUUAGCUUUAAGGGAUUCAUGUUAUUAUCCAGGUGUUAUUCGUAAUGUGAUUCAUGGAGAGAUUCUCAUAGAAUUUGAUGGAGAAAGGAAGUUAGUGCGUUAUAGUGAUGUUUUAGGUGCAGGAAGGUAUGAUGUGAUAGGGGAUGCUAGCCCAUCUUUAGGGCAAGUGACUUUAGAUGCAAAAGUUUGCAUUAGAUGUCCAACAGCAAAUAGUCACAUAGACGCAUUAACUAAAGUGUUUGUGAAAGGGACAGUGUGCAAGAUAUUAACAAAGCCUAAUCGUUUUGUUGUUAAAAUACCAAGAGAAGACGAUCAGAGUGAUAGUUAUGUAGUGAAACGUGCAGACCUGCGUUUGGUGCAACCUCCUUGGUGGGAUGAAUUAGAAGAAGGACUGGAAGAUAUUGACUCUAACAGAGUUGAAGCAGUUGAUCAUGGAUAUAGAAAUUCUGUGGAAGCUUCAACAGCAGUGUCAAUUUUACAACUCCAUCAUACUCCUCACCAUGCAUCUCAUAUAUCUACGCAUAAUGACACAACUGGUUAUUAUAGAACAACUGGUACUAGUCCUCUUAUGACAUUAGGGACUCUUGCACAUUCUGCUAGUACAGCAUUAAGUAACGGAAGUCGACCAUAUGACGAACUAGAAAGUGAAGAUGACUUGGAUAGAGAAAAUAUUACAUUUCCUUCAGAUGCAGAUGCAAAAUUAUCAGGAAGUAGUAAACGAAGCAGUAUGCAGAGCAGAGGAAGUACCAGCAGUUUAGUUGAGCAACGCAGUAUAACACCGCGUUCUCAGGCAGCCACACCCAGAUCUCAGGCGGCUACGCCACAUAAGUAUAAAAAGGGUGAUGUAGUGUCUAUGCCCAACGGAAUUAUGAAAAAAUUCAAUGGGAAACAAUGGCGUAGACUUUGUGGUAAAGAAGGAUGUUUAAAAGAAAGUCAAAGGAGAGGAUUCUGUUCCCGACAUCUCAAUCUGAAAGGAUCUUGCCUUAGAGGCCCGACAAAUGCGUUUCCUGGUGGAAAAAUUGAUGGAGAAGAAACAUCAAGAGGUUCUGAUACUUCUCCAAACUAUGGAGAUAGAAGAAUCGCAGGACGCUUUGAUCAAGAUGAGACUGAAGCUGCUAACAUGCUUGUAUCUUUAGGAAGCUCUAGAUCAGCUACACCAGCCUUUUCAUCGCCAACAGGUCAAUCUUCCAUAUCACCGUGUAUAAAUCAGUCUCCAGUACCACCCUUAGGCCUUAACCAAAAUAAUGUAUUUAUGCCUAUUUCGAGUCCUGCACAUCAUGCAGCCCCCUUAAUCUCGCCUAGCGCAAAAUGGAAACAUUCUCCUACGCAGUCAAAUUUUUUGGUUCAAUAUCAGCAGCAAGUAAUUAAACCCGAACCAAAUCGAAUGGUUAGACCAAGUCGACCAGCUCCUACUGCUCCUGUUCCAGCAAGUAUAGGGACAAGUGUAAUAAGAAUCUCUCCAGUGAGUCGUGGAAUGCCUGGACAAAAUUUAACUUUGUCGUGGUCAGAACAAAGUCCACCACCAAGACAUCCAUCAGUCGUAACGUCUAUAGCUCAACAACAACAAGGAAUUAUAUUGCAGCAUGCAUUGACAUCAAGCAAUAAUUUUCCUAAUCAUUCUGAAGUUCCUGAACAGAAUACACAACUUCUGAAACCAUCGCACUCACCUCAUAUGUCUUUAUCUGCUCCGCCACCGCAAAAUUUGACUCUUCUACAUAAGCCACAAGAACAACCAGUUGAUUAUGCACAGACAGCACAGCCACAAAAUCAGCCAAUUUAUGUGAUGCAACAUCAGCACGAAAAGAAGUACCUUGUUAUAAAAAAUAAUAUAGAUAUCUCUACGGCAGGACAUAUAGGUAUUCAAGAUGAUAAAUAUAGACAAGGUUUAAUGAAUCAUUUGGCACAGCUUCCAGCAUCGUUACAUCAAAAUCAAUGUCAAUCAUCUCAGACUCCUGCUGUGUCCGUCCAUAUCGAUAAACUCUCUGUUUUACAACAAACUAAUAAGAUUGGGAUACAUACAUCCGCACAUAUGGAUGUACAAAGGAAUUCAGCACCAUCCACGAACGUUGUAAUGUCAGCCGCAACAGAAGUUACUAAUCCAUCAACUCCUACCAGUGUCUUCCAGCAUGUAAUCGUUCAGCCUGGACAUCUAAUACAGAUCCCGAAAGCUCAACCUCCUAGAGAAGAAAAUUCAAAAAAUAAUGGAGUCCUAUGUUUCACAGAUGGCAGCCAUGAUGUUCCUUCCGCAUACCAGCCCCAUCCCCCAUCAUUACUGAAUAAUGCAGUGCGCAACUGGAAAAAAGCUUUCUCCUGGCAAACAACAGUUUUGGAUCAAUCAGAGGUGAGUCCUCCACCAUCUGCUCUCAGUCCACCAUUAAGUGCACCGCCGAUUCCAAUAAGUAUCAAUACAUCCGGCGAGGAUGGCUCAGCACCAGGUGCAGAUCAAAUUACUCCUGCUGAAGAAGAAGAUGAUGAUGUUUUUGAACCAGAACCGACAACACCCGCAGAGAUCGAAAUUAAUACUAAUAAAAGGCGUAGUCAAUCCCUUAGUGCUUUGCAUUCCAAGGAGCCACAGAGUCCACUAAAAACAAAGGAUAGAAUACGUCGACCGAUGAACGCAUUUAUGAUAUUUUCGAAACGGCAUCGCGCAGUUGUGCACCAAAGACAUCCGAAUCAAGAUAAUCGCACUGUUUCUAAGAUUUUGGGAGAAUGGUGGUAUGCUCUGGGUCCUGAAGAGAAACAAAAGUAUCAUGAUCUUGCGUCUGAAGUUAAGGAGGCACAUUUCAAAGCACACCCAGAUUGGAAAUGGUGUAGCAAGGAUAGAAGAAAAUCGUCCACAACAAGCUUUAAGGGUAGCGAUUCUAGAGGAAAAUUAAAUAGUACUGGAGAAGAAACAGAUAUGGGACCACCGACGGAAGAUGUACCUUUAACGCCAAGAGGAACAGACGAGGUGUCUGUUCCAGUUACGACGGUAUAUACAGAAACUCCUACUAUUGAGAUUAUUAAUCAGACACAUGCACCACAUCGUAUUUUGGACAUACCUUUACAAAUUGAUACUACCGAACCUGAAUCGAAACAAGACGAAGACGCUAAUGGAUCGGACGAUGAUCAAAUGGUUAUUUGCGAAGAUCCUCAACCAGAAAUAGAUUUGAAAUGUAAAGAUAAAUUGACUGAUAGUGACAAUGAUGCACAAGAGGAAGAUAUGGACAAAAAAUCUUUUAAUCAAUCGCAAUUUUCACCUGUUAGUGGGCAAAAAAGAGAUGGAGUGAAUGUCAAACAGGAAAUAACUUGUAGACCUAAACCUAUAAAAGCACGAAUACCAUCAACAAGUAUAGAAACCACAACCAAGUAUCAUCAUACUUCCAUUGAUAAAGGUGGCACAGUAUCAGUUUUAUCAAGCACUUAUCCUUAUCAUAGCCCGAUAAAUCCAACAGGAGUAUCAGGAUUUCAACCUACGGGUGGUGCAUUUAUAACCAUGCCAGUGUCACCGAAAGUUAUAAAACCGGAACCAGUGAAAAAUGAACAACAAUAUAGCACUCAAUAUAGCAUGAGUAGUCUAGUAGCGAACAUUCAUACUGACAAUGGAAGAAACAUACCUAAAUUUACAGCUGCUCCUGUGCUACAUUCAAUUGGAACGAAACCUAUGAUGGCUCUGUUAAAACAACAGCAGCCGUUGCAGUCUUUAGCCACUACCGCUCAUCCCCUUACUUCUGCUGUCCCUUCUCAACCACCGUUCACUCUUACAUUGCUUGAUAACAAUUUGGUGGCUAUUUCCAAACCACAGCAGGGACCGCAGUACCUUGGCCCUACAACACCGCAUCCCCGGAUGUAUUGCGGCUUCAAUAUACCUAUCUCUGAUGCUGGAAGCCGCAAUAUAUCUUCGCAAAAUUUGAUCUCCGGUACCAAGGUUGAAGCACAAAGUGUUAUCGUGAGCAAACAUUAUCCAGUUUCUACAAAUUCUACAACAUCGCCUUAUAGAGGAAUCAGUCAUUCUAUCGCACGUUUAGCAGAAUCUGACAAAAAUGAUACCCAAACAGCGUCGAAUCAUGCUCAAUUUUAUGGGAGCAAUAUAAAAAGUGAGCAAGAUAGGAAAGAUACAGGCAACGUUCUUCUAACAUCUUCAAAUGAUAAACUUAAACAACCACUUACACCACAUACACCGCAUACGCCUCAUAGCAGUCACAUUAAUAGUGAACAUUCAUCAAAUAAAUCAUAUUCUGUAGAUGAAGAUCCAAAUAGUGAUAUAGGAUCAAAUAAAGGUCCUUUUAUGCUAGCACCGACACCAGCUCAACUUGGAAGAGCACCAUUGCAAAGAAGACAAUUAAUGGCAAUGCCCUCCACAACAACCACAGGAGAACAUGGACUUUCAGUAUCUCAACAACGUUCUGACCAAAGUCGACCACAGGGAAAUACUUCUCAAUCUUCCGAAUCGAUGCAACAACAAAAUAUAUCGGAGUCUCGUACAUCCCCAUCCCCUUCAACUAAAAAAGGCUCCUUCUUCAAAAAGAAUGUCGAAGAUGGUAUGGAUAGGGUUCUUGAACAAGUAAAUUUUCAAGAGAAAUUUUCAUCGUUACCAGAAUUUAAACCGGAAGAUAUACAGAGCCCAAGUGCAAUCACUAUAAAUACUCCAGGUUCUUCUGGACAUAGCACUGUUACUUCCGGAUUACACUCAUCAAAUUUACAAGCAUCGAUGCAAGGUUAUCGGAAGAAAUCUCAAGGACCUCAUAGAAGUAACUUAAACGAAGAUGAUAUUGAUUCUGAUGCGUCAGUGUCCGCUACGCCGAAAUCAACUUCGAGUGUCAAAUUGACGGGAACUACAUUCUUUGGUCCAGAUUUUAAUAUCGACGCAUAUAGACUUAAUACAGAUAUAGCAGGGGAAGUAGAAGAUACUUCUCCGCGGACACCAAAAACGCCUGUAGGAGGUGUAGGAAAUGCAGUAGGGAUUGGUAGAAAUGAAAAUGAACGUGGUCAUAGGAGAAUGUUGGAACAACGGAGACACCUUGUGAUGCAAUUAUUUCGGGAACAUGGAUAUUUCCCUUCAACACAUGCUACCUCUACGUUUCAAGCAAAACAUUCUGAUAUAUUUCCUAACAAGACGAGUUUACAAUUGAAAAUUAGAGAGGUCAGACAAAAAUUAAAAGCUAAUUCAACUCCGAUGAGCGCUAACAGUUUAGUUAGCCCGCUGCCUGUUUCUGAAUCCUCGCCUAAUGUGACUGGACCAUUGACUGCUCCUCCUACGUCGAUGGGAGCACCACAUUCACUGCCUGUAAGCAGUAGUGGUAGCUAGCGCCCACGUGCCAACUGUGAUACUGUGCAUCCCAUUACUCCACAACACGAGUAUAUCAUUAUACUUUGAAGAUGAAAGCGAUGGCUUGAUAAAAUCGCUAUUAUGCCAUUUCUUCGGAAUAUGUAAAAUACAGCAAGGCUUUAGUGCAAUUAGAACCUUUGUGUAAUCUGGUGAAAAUAAGAUGUAGAUGAAAACAUGACGAAAGGCGACAAGGCGUGUUAAUAUCCAGGCAUCGGUAAUAUUUUUAUGUUGUAUAUAAUAUUGAACUACUAUCGACCGCUUUUUAAAGUCAUAUCAGUUAACUUAUUAUAUUAAUGUUUUCAAAUAUAUUCAUUUUUAUCGAAUACGAAAUGCCGAAUCAGAUAUUUGUACAACAGAUGAAUUACAAUAGGUUACUGAUUACAAUAUUUAUGACUAAAUUAGGUGUUAAAGAUUUAAUUAUUAUUACAGAUUUAAUAUGCUUCUUACUGUUGUGAAAGAAGAUAAUCAAUUUAUUUGUAAUCAUAAUUUAAAGUACUUUUUAAUCCUCCUUGUUACUUAAUUUUUGUAACAAAAAAAAAAAAAAAAUAUGAAAUUCUCUCCAAAUACAUUGCCAAUCAACGAAAUUAUUUUAGUAAUUCUAAACAAUUUUAAUAAUCUGCAAUAGAAAAUGCUUGCAGAAUUUAUGAACGUUAAUAAUAAGCACGCAUGCUUUGUUAGGAAAAACUACUCACUCUUUAGUAUUCUAUUAUUUCUAUAUUUUUGAGGAUUGUAAUUAUAUGGGUCAAUGAACAUCUGUAAAUAUUAUUAGUAAAGAACGCAAAAUCUCUCAAUGCGUAACAACAUUACACAUAUCUAUUAUAUUAUCCAAUUGUAAAAUUGUAUUCAAUUGUAAAAUCUAUUAUAAACAAUGAUGUAUAGAUAAGAUAUUGUAAAAAUUGGUUCUCAAUUUGACCGUUUAAUUAUUAUUCCCUAAAUAGCUAAUCACUUUGAUAAUAAUUGAUUGGCAAUGUGCGAAUAAAGGAAAGUAAUAUUACUCCACAUUCCAAACGCGCAGACUUGAUUUUAUGAAGCAGUCAGUAAUAAGUUUAUAAUAAGAUGUAAUAGUUAUUUUAUUAAAUCAUUACAUUUUAAUAUAAUUUCUCUGUGCAAUUUUGAAUAUUUAAUAAACGUUUGUAUAUUAACACGCCUUUACCAAAUCAUGAAAGGCCUAAGCCAUUGUUAAAUAUUGUUAAAGCUGCUAUAAUGAGAUCCAGUACAGAGAGAGAAUUGUAAUUGAAGAGUAUUAGGAUAACGAAACAUUAUAAUAUGAAAGAGUUUAUAUAAUUUAGUUAUACUUUAUAUAUGAUAAAGUUGGAAAAGAGAGAAAGCUAUAGAUUGAAAAACUGCGAUAAACGUUGCACAAAAUUUACCUGAUGCAGACAGCAAAUGUGUUUAUUUUACUUGUAAAUACUAUAGCAUGACUCGUGAUAGAAGGCAUCCAGAGAGUUUAAAAUAUCUAUAAUGCUGAGUCUUAAUAUUUUGAGAUAGUAGCAGGUCUUUGGUGAUUUGUAGGACAUAAAAUAGGAGGUAAAAACCGUGCCAUCGUAUGGCGACAAGCUGGAGAAAGCAUACGGUAUAAUUCCCUUGUUUGUUAAAAGUUAAUGAUAAGAUGACACUUGAUAUAGGUAAUAUGUAAUGUUUCCCAUAUUCUUGAAAGUACUUAUUUACCGUUUUUAGAGCUUUGCUGAAAUUCAACGCACUCAUAUAUAUAUGAUAUAUAUAUUUUAUCGGUCUUUUAAAAUGAUCUUUAUUUUUUUUCUUUUUUUUUUUUUUCACCAUCUUAGAUAUAAGUGGUUUUAUUCUGGCUAUGUACUUUUUCAACCUUUUCCUUUUUGGCCAUGACAGAUGUUUUAUUUCUAUUUUCAUUUAUAGCUUUGAAUCCAUUCAAAUUAUUAAUAAUUUGCGAUAAAAUGAGUCAUGAAUAUAAAAUCUGUGUUAUACGGAAGUAUGAUAUAUUUAAUAUUAUACGAAAACCAAAAUUUCAAGUUUAAUGAAUCUUAUAGAAAUUUAUUAUUAUCUUUAAUGCUUCAAUUUAGUUUCAAUUUAGUAAUUGUUUUAACAGAAGCAUUGUUUCUUAACAGUUUUAGCAAAUUUGUUACCUUACAUUAAUACCACAUAUAAUAGUUAAUUUAUUUUAAUAUCAUUUUAUAAUUUUUAAACUUUCUCUUUUACGUUAUCCGAGUAUGAUAUAUCUCUGUUUCAGUGCGUUGAAUUUUAACAAAGAUUGUUGAAUUGGGCUGUAAUAUAAUUAGAGAUAUGUUUAUAAAGCGCACUUUAUAAAAAAAUUAAAGUCUUGCGCAACAGUACGCAUAUUGUAGUUAAGAUAGGAUGACUAUCUAUUCUACGUAUUUUGUAAAUAAAAAACGCAUAAUACACACAUA